AACCAGCAGUGACGACUAGCGGGAGUGUGAGAGAAACGAAAUCCUCCCAUUUGCUUUGAUGACAGUACUUCUGUAAUUUUCAGUCUCACUAACUUUCUUUAUGAAUAAUCAUUAGUAAAAUAGCGACGUACAGCUUUAUCUGCUUAAGUGAGAUAGGAAUCAUUUUUGUUUUGCUGAAGGCGUGUCGCGCAUCUUUAAAUCUCUCACGUGAUGUCUUUACAUUCCCGUCACUAAGAUAACUGUAUAUCAAUGAUGGCUGGACAAAACGCGGAAAUCGAGCUUGAUUUGAUCAAAACUGGAGAGAGAAGCUCUUUGGUAAAAGCUGAGGUAUCCAGCACAGCACCUGGAAGGCUCUCACCCAUUCCUGAGCUGGAUCCCUGGGAGAGAGAAGCAGAAACGAGCUCUACAGAAUUCACAUACUCCUUAUGCUCGGUGGACAGGUACAGCACUGCCUCCUCCUCCAGCAGCUCCCUAUCUGACUCCCAGGAGAGAGGAGAGUUCUGUGCCGGGAUUGUGCUGAAUUGUCUCUUCUGCCGAUUCUACGAAUUAUUCCUCAUGCUACCAGAAACUUGUGAGCGAGCUGCUAACUCCAUCUGCCCUGCCUACAUGCUUUUCUCUCCGCCUGCGGAACCUGCACACAAUAACAACUGGAACUGCAAUUGUGAUUUUGACUGUGGCCUUAUGGACGCCUGCCACGAAACAGGGGAAUGUCUUGAACUAGCAAUGGAAAUUUCUGAGGUUUGCUAUCACUGAGGUGCCUGCAAAACUGAAGAUGUUGCUUUGUUGGGAGAAAACUUUACAAUUCCACAUCACUUUGGGAUAAAAAAGUUGGUAUUUUCCAUCCCAGAACUCUACAGUCUAUGCCAAGCCAAGCUAACGUAUGCUCAUUUGGACCUAGCAUAAUCGAAAUAAGUCAUUCUAGGUUGGAAAAUAAAUGUAAACAUGACAAGCUACUAUUAGUGAUUUCUGCGCAACUAUUUCGACUCUUAUAUCCAACAUAAUCCAGUCUCUAAACUCAUGUCAUUGGUUAAAGAGGUAGAGAAGCGCCUCCAAGUUUUCUGAUUGGUUAAGUUGAGUGGCUUUCACUUAAAUAACACAAGACCUCCUGUAAAACAGGCUCCUUGACAAAAAGUGUGUUUUGACUCACACUAUUGAACUGAUCAAAUACUGAGAACAGAAAUAAACUCGCAAGCACUUUCAGGUUUGGCAUGGAAAGGCUGAUGAAAUGAUCCUAUCAGCUUCACUAGGUAAACAGUUCUACACAAUAACAGGUCCUUGUGCCAGCGUAUGUCGAUUUUUAUCACAAUGAAGAGCGGAGUGGAGAGAAAAGGCCUUCAGUGUGUCCCUGUGUAGAUGGCUUGUUUAAACUAGAGUGCAAUUGUUAACAGCCGGUUUGAGACGGUGUUUUGUAGGACACUUGUCCUUCUAGGGCCCAUCAACCUUUGUUCUUCGUUCAGGAAGACUGCUCUCUCGAGUGCACGGUGACGGUGUAAUAGAUCGUUUUUGUCAGUGCCAGCCUCUCGUCACAUAAUGGGGAAAGCGACACUUUUGUGUGUGUGUUUGUGUGUAUGUAAUUCAGGCAUCUAUUUCAGGGAGAGGUCAAGGUAAGAGAACGAUCACGCCAGGCAGUGGGCUGGAGUGUUAUUGUGUUAUCUUAGCUUGCUAAACAUUUGUUUUCAGUUAUCAGAUAGAGAUACCAAAGGAGUAACCGGGUUGUUCAAACAACAGGAAAACCUCAGCGCAGUUUACCAAGAAGUGGGUAGUGCUGUUUUUUUCCUCCAUUUUUGUGUAAAACAAAAAG